UCUCCGAGCUUCUCUGUGUCUGUAAUCCUACAACAAAAAGAUGGUUCACUUUGCCCGAUUCGAACAAGCCAAGCCUUCUCUCUGUGUUGGCUUUUGAUCCUUCCCGCUCUCCGCAUUACAGGGUUAUAUGCUUCGUCAGUUGGCAGAAUCAAGAAGCUAAGCUCGAGGUCUUCUUAUCAGAAACUGGCAAGUGGGUCGAGCACAACUUGCGGUGGGGAGUCGAAUCUUCUACCGUGUCACCUGUCAUGACUUAUUUCAAUGGAAACCUACACAUAGUUUCAUAUCCACAUUGCGUUUUGCGCAUUCAUCUUGAAACUAUGCAGUGCCAGCAAGUUGAAUUGCCUGAACCAGCAAAGAAUGGUGCUCAUUUAGGAAACAGUGUAGGGUGCCUCUGCUACUUCUCAGGCAAUGACAAUAACAAAUUAAGCGUCUGGAUGUUAGAGAGUGGUUCGAAUACUUACAAGUGGGUGUUGAAGCAUAAUAUUAGCCUGAAAUCUUUAACUGUCGGUUCGAUAAGAUUCUUGGCUUUUCAUCCAGAGCUUGAGAUGAUUUACUUAUUGGUGAAUGGGAAGCUGGUAUCAUAUGAUAUGAGCAACAAGAGAAUAGAGGAGGUGGGGGAUUUUGGAGGAGAGAAGGAGAGAUGUUAUUUAGUGCAGAUUUGGCUGUUUCAGUUCUCAAAUUGUGUUUCAGAUUGCUUAUUGAAGGAAAAGCUGUAACAGAGAUAGUUUGUGAGUGUUUGUAAAGAGAGUGUAUAUAUAUACAGUAUUGCAUUAUUUGAUCUGUGAUUUUUAUUUUUAA